GAUGCAGAUCCCAAACCUGGGAACUUGUAGGACCCAGCAGCCCUCCCAUUCACGGCUUCACCUGUUCGCAUUCACAUUUCUCGCCUCUUUUUUUUUUUUUUGCCAGUCGGGAUUGUCUCCGAUCAGCCCCGACACCAGGACCAAAGCCCGCACGCCUCCAACCAUGCUGUGGUUCACCGGCUGCAGUCUGCUGCUCCUCUCCGCGCCCUUCGCCGGCGCCUCCCUGUCCGAGAUGGUGUUCCGCUGCCCGGGCUGCACCGCGGAGCGCCAGGCGCUCUGCCCGCAGCUCGCCGAGCCGUGCGCGGAGAUGGUGCGGGAGCCGGGGUGCGGGUGCUGCCCCGUGUGCGCCCGGCAGGAGGGCGAGGCGUGCGGCGUCUACACCCCGAGGUGCUCCACCGGUCUGCGGUGCUACCCGACGCCCGACUCGGAGCUUCCCCUGGAGCAACUGGUGCAAGGCCAGGGCCAGUGUCGGCGCAAAGUGGACGCGGAGACGGUCACUUACAGCCCGGAGCAGCGGGAGCACAGCAGCGGUGAGGCUUCGGAGCUGCAGCCCGACCUGGACGCGAGCGAGAUCCCGACCGUCCGAAAGCCCAGUAAAGACGCCGCCUGGCUCGGACCCAAAGAGAGCGCCGUACGCCAGCACAGGCAGGAGAUGAAGACAAAAAUGAAGACCAACAAGGUGGAAGAGACUCAGUGUCAGCAGGAGCUCGACCAGGUCCUGGAGAGGAUAUCCAAGAUGCCUUUCAGAGAUAACCGAGGCCCUCUGGAGGACCUCUAUGCACUGCACAUCCCCAACUGUGACAAGAGGGGGCAGUAUAACCCAAAACAGUGCAAGAUGUCGCUCCACGGUCAGCGGGGCGAGUGCUGGUGCGUGGACCCCCACACCGGCCAGCGCAUCCUGUCAGCUCCGGCUGUGAGGGGCGACCCCAACUGCAGCCAGUACCUGAGCGAGCUGGAGCUGCCCGACGCCACCCAGAUUUAACGUGGCCACGAGUUCAAAAACAAACUAAACUGUAAAGUGCUUGGGAACAACCCGAGUAAGCUAUAAGCUAUAUGUGUGUGUGUGUGUGUCUGCAGCCUGUUGAUUGGCAAGUUGCAUCUCAAAUCUUAACUUCCUACAAAAAGGUUUGGAUGAUAGUCGCCAACUUGUUGCUGCAGACUACAGUAAAUUUGUCACGUUCUUUCUUUGUGUGUGUUUUAGAGUCAGUGAUUAUGCUUUACUAACUGUAACAACGCUCGGAGUGCUUCGUUGUCAGGGUUUUGUACUGUUUGAAAGAAUGGAGAAGCAUUCAGUGCGGUGAAUGUUUUUAGGUGUCUUUCUGUGCUCUCGCUUGCAGACUAGGUUUUUUUUUGGGUAUGCCUCAUUUGUGCUGCACAGUAAGUAGUAAAGUGCUAAUGCAAAAUAAAGUAGAAACCUGUUGAAUCUGUAAUUCUCUGCUGUUGAAGUUCGAAGGGUGAAAGAAAGUGCUUAAGUUUCUGGCUUGAAGUUGUUUGAAAUUCUGCACUACCCCCUUAGGGGUGAUCCUGUAACACCCAGAAAAAGUCACCACUUUUCUUUUGUUUUUGUUUGUUCUUUUUGGCUUUUUCAGCGGAAACUGGACACCACCCGCAUGGAAAAUUACAUUUUUGUUGUCACAAAACACGAAACACCUGACUUGACAUUUUGCCAACUAAAUCCAGUUUCCCCACAGAAGGAGCAACGAGGCGUUGUUUUUUUUGUGUGUGAGUAAAAGUAGUUUAUUAAAUAGUGAUUUAAAUUUAAAAAAAAAGGAAAAAAAAAACGAGUACAUCAAUUAUAGGUGUGUUAAAUAUUCCAUCAGAAAAUUCACAUUAAUUUUUAGUUUCUGUGGUAUUCAUAAAGUCACCAUUUUGCGUUUAAAUGAAUCAACGGCAAAAGAGAAGCGUUUGCUCAGGAAAAAAAUAGGCUGAUGUGCCACUGUCAGUUUUCUACACAGCUGAAACUACAUUAAACAUUGCAAUUUGAA